AUCAGAAGGAAGCGGGGCGGCGCCGGGCGGAAGUACGGUGUACAAGCAGGAAGUGUGGCGGGCAGAAGCGCUCGGUGGGCAGAGCUAUGGAGGCGUACGAACAGGUGCAGAAGGGCCCCCUGAAGCUGAAAGGCGUCGCGGAGCUCGGCGUGACGAAGCGGAAGAAGAAGAAGAAAGACAAAGACAAGGCCAAGCUGCUGGAGGCCAUGGGGACGAGUAAGAAGAGCGAGGAGGAGAAGAGGCGUUGCCUGGACAAGCGCACGCCGGCGCAGGCGGCCUUCGAGAAGAUGCAGGAGAAGCGGCAAAUGGAAAGAAUCCUGAAGAAGGCAUCUAAAACCCAUAAGCAGAGAGUGGAGGACUUCAACCGACACCUGGACACACUCACCGAGCACUAUGACAUUCCUAAAGUCAGCUGGACCAAGUAACCUUCCCCUGGUGCAAAAGACAGCCAGGUUGGCUGUAUUGCUCCCUCAGUGUUUUCUAGAAAGUUCUACACCUGCCUGAGGCUUCUGCUGAGUCCAGACUGUCUGAAACUUGAUUAAAGUCAGGCUGUUCUUUCACUGA